CUACAGAGCUAUACAUAUCGACAGCCUGUAUACUUCAAUUUUGAAAUAAAGAAUUUAAAGAUAUUUAAAGGAAUACUUUGCGAAGUCGAAGUGAAAAGAAACAGGUUAAUUUAUUCAAUGAAAUAUUCAACAGUAGAAGAGAGAUUGUCGACCUUUGUUGGUUGGCCACACAGACACACACCCUAUCCCUUGGAUCUAGCCAGAGCAGGAUUUUAUUAUAUUGGACCUGGUGAUCGGGUCCGCUGUGCUUAUUGUAAUGGCGAUCUGAAUAAUUGGUCAGCUACAGAUAAUCCAUUAAAAGAACAUAUACGACUUCUUCCUCUAUGUCCGUUUCUUGAUGGAAGUUAUAAACCCGUGAAAGUGUCUCAAGAGUCUAAGUCGGGUUGGGUUCAAACAAAAAGGGAUCGUUUGAAAAGUUUCAUUGGAUGGAAUGGUCAAGUCGAUCCUAGACAAUUAGCCCAUGCUGGUUUUUAUUAUUUGGGUAACUCAGAUCGGGUUCAGUGUUUUUCAUGUCAGACUAUUUUUAGAGAUUGGGUAGCAGGGGACGACCCCUGGAUAGAACAUUCUAAAUGGUACCCGGAUUGUCCAUAUAUACAGUUAUGUCUGGGAAAAGAAAUAGUGAAGGAAAUUCGUCGCAAUGUGCUAAAGAACGCCCCAAUAGACGUUGUAGAUUGUGUUCAUUAACUUCCAGGAUGCUGUCCCAUUUUACUCCUGCCACUGAUCUAGUUUUAUUGAAAAGUUGUUCCAGUUUCUUAUUCAUUUUCUCAUUUUGUAAUUCUAAACAGUAUUUAGAUAAUAUUUUCUAUUUCAAUAGUUUAUUGACUCAGGAUAAAACCAGUAUAUUUAUUUCUACAAAGCUUUUAUAUUUUAUAAGUGAUAUAAAUAAAUUUUAUAUUUUUAAAUAUGUUAUGUUAGAUUGUUUAAAUUAUUUUGUGUAUUUAAUAAAGGAAUAUUUUAGUUUAAUUUUCA